AUGAUCCCCACGAAGCUACUGUUGGUCGGAGCGGCCCUAGCGCUGGCAGUGGCCUUACAACGUGCGUUCAGCGAGCCACACCAUGAAGAUCAUCACCAUCACAAGAAGCACAAGAACCACCACAAAAACCAGCAUCAUCAUCAUCAUCAUCAUCAUGGUGGCGAGGUUUACGGUUUCGGCGAUCCGUUCGAGUCGAACGCACGUUGGCUGGACGAAGACUCCACGUGUAACUGCGAGCUAAUCGGCCAAAAGCUGAAGCGGCUCCGCGAAAAGGUACUGAUCGUGCUCGCGUCGUUCGACAAGCUGGGCAAGGCGCAGGUCGAUCUCCGGCAGAUCAAGAACCUGCUCAAAAACAUCGACCUCAGUCUGACCACCGCCGGGGGGUCCGUCUCGAGCAGCGAGAGUCAGCUCGGGGCGCUGGAGGAACAAACGUCCGCCAUCUCGAAGGAACUGAGUCGCGCAAAGGCGUUGGCCCUGCAGAGCAUUACGAAGGAGUACCUGGUGGAUGCGCUGGGACCGCUGAAGUCGAGCACCGAUAUGCCGCCGCUGCAGGAGCUCGACGAGCCCGUGUACGGCUCGUGCCAGGAUCGGCGGAUUCUCAAGACGGGCGUGUAUCGGAUCGCGAUCAACAUCACGAAGGAGAUGUACGUGAUGUGCAGUCUGGACUUUGGCCACAACGCCUGGACCGUCAUCCAGAACCGGUACGAUGGCCGGGAGAACUUCUUCCGCCCGUGGAACCACUACAAGCAGGGCUUCGGGUACUUCGGGUUCGGUGAGUACUGGCUGGGGCUGGAGAACAUCUACACGAUGACGCGGGGCCGCGAGUACGAGCUGCUCAUCCUGCUCGAGGACUUUGACGGUGCGUUUGCGUACGCCAAGUACAAGUACUUCCGCAUCGAGGGCGAAAAGUACAACUACAAGCUGGCCAAACUGCACGGGUACAUCGGGAGCGCCGGCAACUCGCUGCAGAGCUCCGACGGGAUGGCGUUUACGACCUACGACCGGGACAACGACAAGCUGGACAAGGGGAACUGUGCCCAAGAGAACCAUGGCGCCUGGUGGUUCCGUUCGUGCGGUGACAGCAACCUGAACGGAGCGUACCGGAAGGAGUACUCGCACGAUCAGAUGGGAAUGUACUGGAAGGAGUUCCGCGGGCUCAACUACAGCCUCAAGCGGUCCCGGAUUAUGAUUCGCAGCAAAAAGGAGUACCACCACCACCAUGACGACUACCAUCGGACGGAUGAGGCCGAAUCCGAGGAGGACGAUGGCGCCAUAAUCGAGAGCGAAGGCGAGGAGGACGAAGAGAACUUCCAGAUCGAGGAGGAGGCUUGGUCCGCACUGUGGGACGGUUUCGAGGAGGAGGAACUUAAGAAGUAA